AUGUGUACUGAUUUAAGGGAGAGAUUUGACCGAGAAAUUAAAGAAUGGAAUGAAAUUAAGUUGGUCAUUAAAAUUAAUUUCAGAGCUCUAGAAAUUUUAUUACAGAAGUUUCUUCUCUUCAAUAUUUCUCACAGUUCUAACGGCACGAAUGAGGAUUUAACUGACUACAUAUUCAAUUCAUACACUAACACUAUAGAGGAUAUGGAUGUAGAACUGGAAGGUUUGGAUAACAUACCUAAGGAUAACAAUGAUGAAAUAAAUAAGAAAGUUAGUUAUGAUGCGGUAGAAGGAUCGAUUUUAAUAAAUUUAUUAAUAGUGAACAAACCAGAUGUGAUAAAAAUAUACUUACAAAAACAAAGUAAUAAAAUCUUAGAGAUAAAAUGCGAAAUAAAAAAAUUAUUAAAAUCCUAUCAAGAUAAAAAUUUAAGAAAAAUCGAUAAAAUAUAUGAGGAAUCUCAGAUACUAUAUAACCAUUACAGGAAUAUCAAUACCGAGCCAGUUUCUACAGAGCCAACAACUGUGAUGGAGUUAAUAAAAUCAGUUGAAUCGCAUUAUAAAGAUAUAAAAGAAGAAAUAAACGUAAUAAAUGAAUUCUGUGUAAAUUUAGAUGUUUAUCCAAAAGACGAAGAUGAAAUUAAAAAAAAUCUACAUUUCUUGCAGAAUCUUAAUAUUCUUUGA